AACCGUCAAACUUGGACCCUCCAAAAAAAAACGGAACAAUUUAACUAGAUUCUCCACGUAGUUGCUGUGAUCUCACAAUGGGUUCAGCAGCUUCUGAGUAUCAACCAUUGCUGCUGGGUCUCGACUCCCAUUCUCGGAUACCCGAUUUGUCAUCCGUUGCAAUCGAAGAGUUUUUACAGCACAGACCGAUUGCCCUUCGAUGGUGGCCAAGGCUUGUAGCAUGGGAGUCCAGGCUUCUUUGGCUUCUAUCUGGUUCUUCUAUUGUUCUUUCCAUUUUCAAUUACAUGCUCAGCUUUGUUACCUUAAUGUUCACUGGACAUCUAGGUGCUUUAGAACUUGCCGGUGCUUCUAUUGCUAGUGUUGGUAUUCAAGGUCUUGCUUAUGGGAUUAUGUUAGGCAUGGCGAGUGCAGUACAAACAGUAUGUGGACAGGCCUAUGGAGCAAAGCAAUAUUCAGCAAUGGGAAUCAUUUGCCAAAGAGCAAUCAUAUUGCACUUAGGAGCUGCAGUUCUUUUAACAUUUCUGUAUUGGUUCUCUGGUGAUGUUCUUCAAGCAAUAGGUCAAACCGAAAGCAUAGCUCAACAAGGUCAAGUCUUUUCUCGAGGUCUCAUCCCUCAAAUUUAUGCAUUCGCCAUAAGCUGUCCCAUGCAGAGGUUCUUACAAGCACAGAACAUAGUGAACCCUUUGGCAUUAAUGUCGAUUGGGGUAUUUUUGGUGCACAUUCUUCUCACCUGGCUUGUUGUCAAUGUCUUGGGCUGUGGCCUACUUGGUGCUGCUCUUACUCUCAGCCUCUCUUGGUGGUUUCUUGUUAUUAUAAAUGGACUUUAUAUUGUUCUUAGCCCUUCUUGCAAAGAGACUUGGAGUGGCUUAUCCUUUAGAGCCUUCACUGGAAUUUGGCCUUAUUUCAAACUCACUGUAGCUUCUGCUGUUAUGCUUUGUUUGGAGAUUUGGUACAACCAAGGAUUAGUGCUUAUAUCGGGACUCCUUUCUAAUCCAACCAUUGCAUUGGACUCCAUUUCAAUUUGCAUGAAUUAUUUGAACUGGGACAUGCAAUUUAUGCUAGGCCUGAGUGCAGCUGCCAGUGUUCGAGUGAGUAAUGAGCUAGGGGCAGGCCAUCCAAGGGUAGCAAAAUUUUCAGUGUUUGUAGUGAACGGGACAAGCAUAUUGAUAAGUAUUGUAUUCAGUGCAAUUGUUUUGAUAUUCCGAGUUGGAUUGAGCAAAGCAUUUACAAGUGAUUCUGAGGUUAUAGAAGCAGUUUCAGACUUGACUCCACUGCUUGCCAUCUCUGUUUUCCUAAAUGGCAUUCAGCCUAUACUCUCAGGUGUGGCAAUAGGGAGUGGAUGGCAAGCAAUUGUGGCUUAUGUAAACCUGGCAACAUACUACAUUAUUGGUCUCCCAAUUGGAUGUGUUCUUGGCUUCAAAACUAGUUUAGGAGUAGCGGGAAUUUGGUGGGGUAUGAUUAUUGGUGUCCUCCUACAAACAGCAACUCUUGUUGUUCUCACUGCCACAACCAAUUGGAACAAGGAGGUCGAAAAGGCAGCUGAUCGGUUGAAGAAAUCUGCAAAUGAGGAGACAGACUUAGUGAGAGGCGCGGCAUGAGAGAAUUCCCAACAUCUGUCGCCUCUUCCUACUAUUUUCAAUUUGUAUCCUUCUUCUUUAAAAAGAAAUCCAAAAUAUUGGGAUUAGACGCCGAAAUCAGUAGGUUUAGAUUAUUUUAGUCGAGACUCUUUCUUUUCUUUUUCUUUUUAUUUAUUUAUUUUUGAAUUUGUGUUAGAUAUCUUUUAAAUAAUUUUUGUUUUAGGUUCAUUUCUAUCCUGUCACUAAGUGAGUAAAAUAAAACACAUGCAUCAAUCAA